AGGUGGGCGUGAAGGGACAGUUCACUGCUAGCUAGAAUGACAAAUAACCUUGUGAGUAGUGAGCUAAAAAAUCAGAGUGGGGCUGAAAGCAGCUCGGUAGCUGAGUUUCUGCAAAGGUUCUGGCGAAACUAAACCCUUUCCGCUCCUCCUAACUCAGUCAGCUGAACGCAGCUUUCGAGCUAGCUGGUCGGAGUCUCCAAGUUACAGCACAGAAGAACCGCAAGAAUGGGACGGUGAUUCAGCGAGCUAGCUAGGAGAGAGAGAGAGAGAGAGGGGGAAAAUCAGCCUGAACGCAACACAGACUGAUGUUAACGUCCACAGUUUGUCUGUAGGGCUGUGUCGUUUUCGGUCGCCGUUAGCCGUGUUUUAUCGCCGGGGUUUCCUCCAACAAGAUGUAUGGAAGGUCGGGAUGACAGGAAGAUGGCAAACGGGGUUGGAAAGCACAAGCUGCUUGUGAUUGGACCAACGGAGCCAUGGUCAGUGAGGGAGAAGCUGUGUUUGGCCACAUCUGUCAUGAAGAGCGGAGAUCAGAACUGCAGGGUGUCUGUCAGUCGAGCCAUCAAGCCGUUUGCAGAACCGGGCCGACCCCCAGACUGGUUCUCUCAGAAGCACUGUGCCUCCAAGUACUCUGAGCUCCUGGAAACAACAGAGGCCCCAAAGCGGAAGCGUGGUGAGAAGGGUGAAGUAGUGGAGACGGUGGAGGACGUGAUCGUACGCCGACUGACGGGCGAGAGGAUCGAGGAACUGAAGAAGCUGAUCAAAGAAACGCAGGAAACUCACAGGAAGCUGAAGAGAGAGGCUGAGCUGAUUCAGGCUGGACAUCUGGAUUCCAGGUUGGAGGAGUUAUGGGAAGACAUUCAGCUGAAGAGAAAGCAGGAGGAGGAGGAAGCGGACUUAAAAAGAAAAAACACAGAUGCUGCUUAUCAGGCCAGACAGGCAGCAAAGAGCCUGUCUAAACGGAUACCCAGCGUCACCAUGCAUUCGCCCUCAGCUAGUAGCUCCCCAAGGCAGGACGUCCCACCAGGUGACCAACUGGAGAGCGUGACGCUGGAUGGUCCACCGGCAAAAAAUUCUUCAGGAACAGCAGCAUCAGUAACAUUUUCCCAAACCCCUGGACCCGCUAACGAUGACAUCAGCCAUGGGGCAAUUCUGGAUGACCCCACUCAAAAAAAGCUCCUGAGCCAGAAAGCCACCCCACCACCGUCUCCGCUCCUCUCAGAGUUACUAAAGAAAGGCAGCAUUUUGGCAUCAAAUUCCAGACUGAUUGGAGAGAGUGACGGGUCGCCUAGUAACGUAUCAGGAUCACACGACUCACAGCUGCAUUCACCAUGUCAGCCUCUUUCUCAAGCAACAGGUGCGCCGAUGCUGUCCCGUCUUCUGGAGGCGGGUCCGACCCAGUUUUCCUCUCCGUUAGGUUUCAUGGUCGGUGCAGACUCCGCCUCCUGCGGUCCAGUCCCCGCACCUCAUUCUGCUUCCAUCGACCCGGCCGUGUCAGAGAGUACAGUGGUCGAUGUGAUGGCGCCAUCUGCACAUCCAAACUGCCAAGCUGACUCUGCACAGAGUAAAGUGGCAGAGCUCAGCGAGGAAGACGUGACCGCGUCCUACAUGGGAGACGAGCUGGACCUGAAGACAGUGGGGGACAUUAUCGCCAUCAUUGAAGACAAGGCGGAUGAGGCCGCGGAGGCACUGGAUGCUGCCGCCGUGGAAGCCGCCCUGUCCCUCUGCGAGGAGAACGACCACGCUCUGACUGCGGCCUGGGACGCCGGGCCUUUACAGCCCCAAGAACCGCACCCCACUCACCGGAUCCUGGAGGGCAGCGCAGAAGUGUCGCUCUCUUCUCUGUACUGCAGCCAAGAUAAAAAUCUGUCAGCGUUUCCCCUGGAACUGGAGAGCCGUCCUCCCUCUUCCUCGUGCGGCUCAAAGACUUUGGAGCACAGUGCCACACCUUCACAGUGCAGAGGAGCGAGCGAAGCAGAGGGAGAGGAAGGCUCAAGUAAACACAUUUCAAUGGAUGGUAGCACAGAUUGUGAAGGUGAAACGCAACCACCACAAAAACUGGAAAAAAACUUUGGAGUUUUAGCAGACUCAGUAUUAGAAGACAAACAAGAAUCAGACUGGGACUCCCAGGAGACCAAGGUAGAGGACGGACUCGGCGCAGAGGAAGGAGAGAACGUUUCGGGGUCAAAAGCGGACAGCGAGGUCACGGGACUGGAGCUGUGCGAGGAAGAGGAGGGCGACGGGGGGGAGGAGUUCUCAUCAGAACCCGACGGCGAAAUGGAGCUGGAACCUGCGGCCAGCGAGAGUGAGGACGGGUACAGCCUCCACACGGCAUCUUCGUCCCUCCAGCUCCACACCACAGCGGACUCUAUCCCCAGCAGCCCCGCAUCGUCACAGUUCUCGGUGUGCAGCGAGGACCUGGAAGCUCUGCAGGCUCACAAGAUUUGGAAGAAAGCCAUUAUGCUGGUGUGGCGAGCAGCAGCCAAUCAUAGGUAUGCAAAUGUCUUUCUUCAGCCAGUAACAGAUGAAAUUGCUCCAGGAUACCACAGUAUUGUUCACAGACCCAUGGACCUGGCCACCAUCAAAAAGAACAUCGAGACCGGCUUAAUACGGACCACCGCGGAGUUUCAGAGGGACAUCAUGCUGAUGUUUCAGAACGCGGUCAUGUACAACGGGCUGGACCACGACGUGUACCACAUGGCUCUGGAGAUGCAGCGUGACGUCCUGGAGCAGAUCCAACAGUUCCUGGCCACACAGCUCAUCAUGGAGACGUCUGAAUCCGGCAUCAGCGCCAAGAGCCUGAGGGGCCGCGACAGCACGCGCAGACAGGACUCCACUGACAAGGACACUGUCUCCAUGUCUUCGCCGGCCUUUCUCCUUUCUCUUUUUGACAGUGGCACCAGAGGGCGCCGUAGUGCCAUAGAGGCCGACCUCAAGAUGAAGAAGUGAAAUCCGUAAAGGAAAAUCUUGUCAGUUGAGUUUGUGAAGCAAAAAAAAAGAACAUGAAUGAGUGUAAAUCGACUGUCCUUGACUUGCUGUCCAGGAUGAUUGGACAGAGUGUAGCUUGGGAAGGCUCUGCUCUAAAGCAACCAUUCAGACAUGGAUUAUAUUCUGUAUAAUCCCAGAUCACUGUGGGGUAUUCUGUGUGACCAGGUCAAACCGUUCAUAGAUGUUACUGCAGAUCGCUUAGACUAAACCUGCUUCUUACAUUCAACCGCCUGGAACUUUAAAACCUUUCAAAUUCAAUUCGUCACAAUGUUUUAAUAGGUGUGGUCCAUACAUAAGGAUAUGAGUUACUCUUUGCCUGCAGUUGUGUUGAAAUUAAACCAGUUUAGUGUUUUUAAUUCAUCAACUGUGUGUGUGUGUGUGUUUUUUUUUUGUAAUAUAUAAAACCAAAGGUCAAAUAUUCUGGUUAAAGAUUUGCACCAUAAAGUUGCAGAGCAGAAGGGCACAUUUUUGCAUCUCAAACGCAUUUUGUGUAACAUUUCAUUUUUAGCCUCUUAAUUUUUUAUUUUUUUAUAUGAAUAUGGUUGUUAUGAUUGUGUAGGAUUGAUUUUUGCCUUUGUGAAAUUUUCUGUGAAACAGUUACGUACUCUUAUGAGAUUUGCUUGGAUUUAUGUUCAGUGUACCGAGAAGAUGACAUUAAUAUUUUUGUUUUGUGGACCAGAAAGCGUUACAACACAAUAAAAUUGUCCUUACAGCAAA